UCUCGGRCUCUCCACUGGCACGGCUGCUGCUGGAACCUACAUACACCCACAGACAGAAACACACACCACCAUGGGUUGCUGUAACAAGCUGUGUGGGCUAAAGGCUGGAAUUGGGGCUGGAAUUGCGGUGGCCAUAUUAGGUAUAAUCCUUAUCCCCGUGGGGAACAAUAUCAUCCGUGAGACRGUUACAAAGGAAUCGGUCAUCGAGCCUGGGACCACAGCCUGGGACAACUGGGUGUCUGCAGACGCACCUGUGUACAGACAGUUCUGGCUCUUCGACGUGCAGAACCCACUGGACGUGGUGGAGAAUGGGUCAAAGCCAAAAUUGGUGGAGAAAGGGCCCUACACAUACAAGACGCGGUACCUGCCCAAAGAGAACAUCACGGCCAACCCAGAGAGCCACACCAUCUCCUUCCUGCUCCCUGCGGGGGCCAUAUUUGAGCCCUCCAUGUCUGUGGGGUCUGAGGAGGACAGUGUCACCUCCCUCAACCUGGCUGUGGCUGGUGGGUACAAGUUGUUUCCCCCAUGGGCACUGGAAGCUGCAAUAAAGUUAAACAAUGUCUCACUCUUCCAGCGACGGACAGUGAGGGAAAUACUCUGGGGUUACAAAGACCCCAUUCUGAAAGGGACACUGGGCCUCUUUUUUCCUUACAACGGCACCUAUGACGGGCCAUACAGUGUCUUCACAGGCAAGGAUGACAUCUCUAAAGUGUCUAUCAUUGACAGCUGGCAGGGGGAAAAAAAGGUGUCUUUCUGGAACAACACAUACUGCGACAUGAUCAACGGCACAGAUGGCUCGUCAUUCUCUCCCUUCCUGGACAAGAAGAAGCCUCUGUACUUCUUCUCCCCUGACAUCAGCAGGUCUGUGUCAGCUGAGUAUGAGAGGAGCCUGGACCUGAAGGGGAUCGAGGUGUACCGGUUCAAACUGCCCCCGCUCACCCUAGCCUCCCCUGCAGUCAACCCAGACAACCAGUGCUUCUGCACGGACRCCGUGGUCACUAAGAACUGCACAUUGGCCGGAGUCCUGGACAUCAGCUCCUCUCGUGGACAACCAGUCUACAUCUCCUGCCUCACUUCCUGUGGUAGUCCAUACCUGGUUGAAGAUGUGGAGGGCUUGACACAGGGUUCAGGUCUGAGGUUUGCAAGAGACUGCAAGGGUGUUAAAGAAGUGAAAAGAUACACCAUACUCCCUAUAGUUUGGCUAAACGAGACGGCAUCCCUGGAUGACGAGACAGCGGACAGGUUUAAGAAGGAGCUGUUAUCUCGUGUUGACAUGCUGGAGACGGUGCAGUUCACGCUGAUAGGCUUAGGGUCAGCAGCCUUUGUGCUCUGCAUAGUGGCACAUUGUUUGGUAAGCAGAAACAACAGCAAGCUUGUGUGAGAGGGACAAUGCUGCUGUACAACAGAGGAACAGCGGGGGUACAAGGAUGUCAGUGUGCUGUAACUUGUCACUUUUAAUAUCAUGCACGUUCAUCAUUUGUGUUAUUUACAAAUUCAAAAUUCUCGCUCUGAUACAUAGCGAGGAUAUAUUGUAGACAUUGUGUGAGUUAGAACUUACUUUUUUUGUACAAAUUCUUAUAAACUGUUCUUUCAUGUUAUUGUAAUUUGAUUUGCACACACSUCCCUGCUAGAUUUUGGUCAGGGAUCUUGAAAGCUAGAAUAUACAGCGGUUGAAAUUGCUAUGACCUUAAUGUAGCGGACAUUCAUGACUCCAAUAAAAAUAAAUCAAGCUGAUUCAAAUGUAUUCAACUUAAUCUCAUCUCACGCUGAAGUUGAGCCAUGAAUAUCAAUGGAGGCAGGAACGGGAAGGAAGUGAAGGUAUUUUUUUAUGAUACCCUGCUUCUCAAGGGGUCUUAAGUAGGGUUAUAACACGGUAUGAGUCUAGCAAAACUGGCCCUCAUCCCCAUGGGAAGUAACCAGCUUAGGUUCUCUCAUUGCUGGAACAAACCGCUCUUUUGUACAUUUGAAGCCAAAUUAUUCAGUUUCCCUUUCACCUCAUGUGGCCCGUAAAUCAAAAUGAGAGUGAAAACACCCCCAUACGGAUGAUUAUUCUGUGGUUUCUGCAUGGCACUCGGGUUUGUUUGGUGAGAAAGCACUGAUUUUGCCCUGCAGGAAACCUCUCUUAGUUUUAGGGGGUGUUAAAUGACCAUUUGCCAAUUCCCGGGGCUCUUUGAUACUUCUGUCUACUCUAGAGAGUACAGUAACAGUGGAAAGUGAGAUUGAAGGAGACAUCUUUACUUGCCUUAGCGCUCCUCAGCUCUCUCGCCUUCUCUGCACCAGUGCACUCUGUAAGGAAGCCAUUUUCUUUAUAAGCCAUAUUUUCUAAGAUGUGUUUGAAAAUUAAUAUUAAAUACCGAAUAUGAAUCUACAAAUGGAAACUAACCAAUAUGUAAUGCUAGUUCUAACAGCAGCUACUGAUAUCUUCAUUGAAAUAUUCUGAAGGAAAGUAGGCCAAUUUGUAAAAUAUUUAAACUUGUGGGUACCUAAUAAAUCACAUUGUAAAUCUA